GAGCAGGUGCCGUCGGCGCGGGAGACAGGGGCCGUCGCCUGUCGCUCCUCCAAGUUCCCCAUGGACCACGUCACAGCAUCCGUUCAGACGGUAGCCAAGGAAGCUACCCUACAAGGAGCGAUGCUGACGCUGAUGUAUCAGUGUCCGCAGCUUCAGAUGAUGAGCAGAUACCGCUGCCUGUUCGAGUCAUCAGUGAGCACUUCAAUAUUGAGCCUGUCUUGCUCUGGCGAACUGCUCUGGGCAUCUUUGCAGUGA